CUCCUGCUCACCACCUUCCCGCAGGACUCAACCCAACUUCUGCGGAAAAACUGUCAGAAAAUGGAGCGAGUGGCGUGAGGUUUUCCUUAAACACAAAUCAAAUUCAGACUUCGCUACUUCAAACUCAAGACAAGACUUCGCUCAGCAAUUUCUGAAACAAGGUUGAAUUCUUUACACUGCCCUAGUUCAAAAUGAAGCAGAGUAGAGGAAACUCAAGUUGUUCUGGAAAUGAAGAUAGAAUCAGCAAUUUGCCUGAUGCCCUAAUUCAUGAAAUCCUAGCUUUCAUGGAUAUGCAAUAUGUUGUUCAGACUUGUGUUUUGUCUAAAAGAUGGAGAUAUAUGGACUUCUGUCCCUGUGUUACGCUUCGAAGAUUAUCUGCACGAGGAUGAAGAAGUGGAUGAUAUGGAUUUGGCUCAUAUGCGCUUUGUCAACUUUGUGAAGAAUGUACUCAGUUUUCGUGACAACUCUGAUAUACAUACGCAUUAUCUCAACAGUGACAACAAUGGGGCGACUAUAGUUGAUGAUAUAUGUAAAUGGAUCGCCACUGCUGUCACCCAUAAUGUCCAGGAGUUAACUAUUAAGAUAUGCAUUGAUGAGGAUUUUUUUGAGAUUCCUGCUUGUCUAUGUACUUGUAAAUCGUUGACAAAGCUGGAGCUGGUUUUGGGUACUCUUUGGGCUGACGAGUGCAAGGUUAUUCUACCUUCUGCAAUGAGUUUACCUCGGAUCAAAUCGUUGGGUCUGCGCUUUUUUUAUCAAUUGAUUGGUAAAGAAAAAUUAGCAAAUAAGUUUUUUUCAGGAUUUCCUACCCAAUGGUCGUUGGACAGGGAUAGUCGCAGAUUAAACAAGGUGAAUUUUAAUAUUUUGAGUUUGCCCAAUUUAGAGUGGCUGGUAACUAGAGACUGUGGAUUUGAUGAUUUGAAUCUCAAUAUAUCUUUUCCUAAACUUAAUAUUUUGCAUUGAAUGAUUUUAAACCGAAUGGUGAAAUUGAAAAUACUGGUGAGUACAAGCUGUAUGCUCCAAGUCUUGCAUCCUUUGUUUUAAAGGGUUACAUGCCAACAAGAUUCACUCUAGAGAAUCUUUCAUCUCUAGUCAGAGCUGAUAUGCACAUAUGGAUUAAAAGAGAAGAUAUCGGGGAUGGAGUUUUUCCAGAGAUUCGUGCAGAGAAGAAAGAAUAUUAUACCCAACUUACGUUGAGAUUUUUGAGAGGGUUUCAUAAUGUGAAAGUCUUAACAUUAAACGGUUCCUUCCUCAAGCGUACUAUAAUUUAUAAGAUGUCUCUCUUUUUUGCCUUUUUGUGCGCUAAGGCAUUAGGCGGAUCUCCUGAUAUAUUGGACAGUCAGCCACUAGAGUUUUGUCAUCUGCAGUUUCUGAAGCUUUCGGGGGGGUCUUCAAGGGACUCUCUGCGUACAAUAUUUUACAUGCUAAAGAUUUCUCCUAAUAUAAAGGGACUUUACCUAAGAUUAGGACCACAGGAUUCUUUCGAUCCAGUGUAUCCGUUUUAUCACGAGUUAAAUGCUGAGGAGAUAAGAGGGUUGGCUAUGCCAUGCUGCAUGAUAUAUCACCUGAAGUUUGUCAAGAUUAAAUAUCUUAGAGGGCGUUCCAAUGAACUAAACUUGCUAGCAAGUUUGUUGAAGCAUUCCAUGGUCUUGGAGAAAAUAAUUUUGUGCAGCCGUUGUCUUAACAAGUACCAUUUGAAAGAAAAAGAGGAAGAAAUGGAGAAAUUCCGUGAGAUGCUGCUAACAUUUCCUAGAGCUUCUGCAAAUGUUGUGAUAUCGUACUCGGUUUCUGUAUGGUAUUCUUAAAUCUUGAUGACAGACCUUUUCAGUGUCAUUGCAUGAUGAAAAGAACCCCAGAAAAAGUGAUGGAUUUUUGUACAGAUGCUGUCUUAUUUUCUUUGUCUAGUAAUUUCUCAAUUAGGCUAGUUCAUGUUUCUAAUACCUCUUGAAGUUCAAUAACUGUUUGUUUCUUUGUCUAUGUUGAUACAAAUCAGCAGUGCUAUAAACAAAAAAAUUGUAUCA